AUGAAGGCAAUUGCAGAAGCUGGCCGUGGGGACUAUAUCUUCAUUAAGGAUGCAACAUCCAUUGCCCCUGUAUUUGGAGAGCUCCUGGGUGGGUUGAUCACAGUGGCAGCACAGGACAUCAAUGUCAACCUGACGCCACUGAACGGUUCUUUCAUUACGGCUGUUCAAACGGGAGGAAUCGUUCAGGGAUCGGAGUCAAACUGGACAGUUGUGUUUGACAAUUUGUUCGCCCAAGAGACACGUGACAUCCUGGUGGACAUGAACAUUCCAGCCUUGGCUUCGGCGACAGUUGCGCAGAAGGUGCUCAGAGUCGACAUCAGUUACUUCGAUCCAGUGUCCCGGGCGCACAUCGUACUGGAUCCUGUCACUCUUGCUAUCGACAGGACCCUUGGCGAGAGAGGCACAGACGAUGUAUUGAAUUUGGAGGUGGAGGUCACCAGACUGACGUUCCUUGUCAGCAAGGAGAUUCAGCGUGCUCUUGGUCAGAAAGAGGCAUUCGAUACCCAGGGAGCCACUGCAACGCUUGAUGCUCUGCUCACCAGGAUUUCGAUUUCCCCAGCAAGGGAUGACCCACGAGUGCAAGCCCUCAAAUCGGACGUGGAGAGCGUGCAGGAGGUGGUAGCAAGGGAAGAGGAACUUACGCCAGUCACUAGCACGGCGAUUGCGAGCAGUGCAAGUAGCCUUGGCUCCCAAAGGGCAACGUCCACCAGCGGUUUUGCAAGUACUGCAGCCCCAGCGCCCACUGCGGCCGUGUUAGCUGCAGAUGCCAGCGCCUUUGUUGCCGAGAGCCCCUCCGGGCGGUGA